AUGGUACUACAGGUUCAUCUGGGCUGUGUCAUACUGUCAUGUCUAGUGUGGCUGACUUUGCCUGCCUUCCCAUGGUCAGAGUUCAAAUUGGCUUAUGUGACUGACCACAGCUUGAUCAAGUGCACCUGUGUCAAGGAUCUGGCAGCAUGUGUUAUUGAUUCAAGUGAGUGCAACUGCAAAAACCAGUCGUUCUCUGCUCUCUGGCUUGCCAGCAGUUCCAGCUUGGUGCAUGUGAAGCGCCUAACAGUCUGGUACACAUCACCACUCAAUGUUGCACUUUUGCUGAACCACUCAGAAAUACGACAUCUGUCCCUGGUCAGGUGUAACUCUUCAGAGGGCAAACCCACCUCCACCUCUUUUACAGACUAUUUUGCAGUGCAACAACUGGAAAGGCUUACUGUCUCUUUCCCCCUCUGGAGGUCAGGACAGACCCAGGACAUUGUCUUGGGUAGAGACAUGGGUGCACUUUACCAUGAGGAAGCCAGGCUUGCUAUCAUCCAAACCUCUGUUCUACUGGGGGAGACCAACUUGAAAGCCUACACUGUUCAUACCAUUGUGGACAGUAGUGGUUUGCCUGCAUUUCCAAACCUCUUCACUUUUCAAGAUGGACUUCCAGAGACAUCCAGCAUAUUUGUAACAUUCCUGUACUGA